CCAUAAACACCAAACCAAGUCAUCCUCUGUAGCGGUUUACCGCGAAGACCUAGAACUCAAAUCAAUCAUCAAUCAAAAUCGAAAAUCUUCGAAGAUUCAAAACCCUAACCCCUCUUUCUGCAAAAUCACCGAUUUGUCACAGAAAUGCCUCAGAGACAUUCGAAGAACAACAACGAUCUCGCGUUCUUCACAUACGACGAGAAGCGUAAACUCGGUUAUGGAACGCAGAAGGAGAGGUUGGGGAAAGAUUCUAUCAAACCCUUCGAUGCUUGUUCUCUCUGUCUCAAAUCGUUAAUCGAUCCUAUGAGCUGCCAAAAAGGUCACCUUUUCUGCAAAGAGUGCAUUCUCGAGUGUCUCUUGUCUCAGAAGAAAGACAUUCAAAGGAGGCUUGUUGCACAUUCUGCUCAGCAGAAGCAAGAAAAAGAAGAGGAAGAAGAAAAAUUAAUGUUGCAGAAGGCUAAAGAGCUUGAUGCGUUUGAUCAGCAAAAUCAUGGUGCUGUACCACAAUACAGUGAUAGAAAUUAUAACCGUGACAAGAAUGGUUUCCAUGGGGCAAACAGUGUGAAGGUCACUUCCUAUGAGGAAGAAGCCCUUAGGACAAUGAAGGCCUUUUGGCUGCCUUCUGCUACACCAGAAGCUUCUGUUAAAGUAGAAGCUCCUUCUACAAGUACUAUCUGUCCGGAAGGCAAGGAGAAUCUAAAGUUAAAGACACUUUUUCCUGUCCAGUUCACUGAAGAUACUAGUGAGCAGAAAAAAUCGAAUGCUCUUGAUCGGAGCUACAUUUGUCCUAGCUGCAAAACCACUCUCACCAACACAAUGUCACUUGUGGCCCUCAGUUCAUGUGGGCAUGUAUUUUGCAAAAAAUGUUCGGACAGGUUUAUGGCUGUGGAUAAGGUUUGUCUUGUUUGUAACAAGGCAUGUAAAGAGAGACAUUUGGUUAAUUUGAAGAAGGGAGGGACAGGUUUUGCUGGUCAUGAUGAUAAUCUUGAAGCCAAAGAUUUCAAGCAUUUGGGAAGUGGUUCUGGUUUGGGGCUGGUUAGACCUGCGAUGAAGACUUGAUUCAGAAGAAGAAAAAAUGUGCAAUAAACUUCUCUUGAUUAUGAAGUUAUCUUGUUACCCUCAUCAUCUGUUUUGUCUAAUAAUGUAUUUUAAAUUUGAUUAUCUCUUUCUGUCUAGCUAAAUCACACCUUGAUAAUUUGAAAAGUCAGUUCGAUAAUUUUAAAUGUAGUGUAUGCAAUUUCAGCUAUACUAUAAGUUUAUGUUUGGAUGGUGUUUCUGGUUAUGUAUAUUGACAGCUAUAAAAAAUGUAGAAUGAAUCUUUGUUCGGCUACAUAAAAUAAUUUUUAUUGAAA